ACGCCCUCCGCGUGCCCUCAACGGCACGGAGGACGUUAGCCCUUCGGCGUGGUGGUUUCCUUAGAGACAGAGUCGGCCCAGGUGGCGGCCACCAGGAGACCAAGACGGUGAGACUCCUGGAGAAGUCAAAAUGCCGGCAAAGGACAAGAGGAAAGGCAAGAACAAAGGCAAAGAGAAAGACAAAAAGAAAGUAGUUAAAGUAGAGGACCAUGUGAUUGAACAAGCCAAGGCCAAUGCCUCUCUUUGGGAGGCCAGACUGGAAGUCACAGAACUCUCUAGGAUUGAAUAUCGUGAUACUUCCCGAAGACUGGCAAAACACAAUGAAGACUUAAAGAAACAGCAGUAUAAACUGGAAAAAGACACUAUGUCUGUAUUAAGCUACUUGAAGAAGCAGGAUCAGGAGAAAGAUAAUAUGAUAGAAAAACUGAAACAGCAAUUGGUUGAAACAAAGGAAAAAGCCAAAGAAGAGAAAGAAAAAUUGGAACAAAAGUAUACCGUGCAGAUAAAUGAAUUGGAGGGACAGUUUUAUCAAAAAGCCAAAGAAAUUGGCAUGAUUCAGACUGAGCUAAAGACAAUGAAACAAUUCCAGAAGAGAAAAAUUGAAGUGGAAAAAGAAUUAGAUGAGCUGAAAGAAAAUUUAAGGAACUCGGAGAAAAAACAUCAGGAGACUCUUAGAAGACUAGAAAACAGAUUUUUUGAAGAAAAGCACCGUCUGGAACAAGAGGCUGAGAAGAAGAUAGUAAUGCUGGCCGAGAGAGCCCACCAUGAAGCUGUGGUGCAGUUGAGCACUGCUGGAAGAAAUGUUUUUAAAGAGAAUGUGUAUCUUCACAAGGCUCUUACAUACCACUUGAAGGACGCUGAAACACGACAGAAAAACUCCAAGAAGUUGCAAGAAAGUCAUUCCUGCCUUUUACAUCAAAAGGAAAUCAAUGAGCUGCUUGUUAAGGAAAAGAUUUUGCAACUUACCCAGCAGAAAUCACAAAUCCAAACUCUUCAGAAGAAGGUGGUAAGCUUGGAGAAUGCACUGACUUAUAUGACCACAGAGUUUGAGACUGAAGUUUUGAAACUACAGCAAAAGGCAAUUAUAGAGAACCAAGCAGGCCAGGUAGAAAUUGACAAAUUGCAGCAGCUUCUUCAGCUGAAGGACAGGGAAAUGAAUCGAGUGAAGAAGCUGGCUAAGAACAUCCUGGACGAGAGGACAGAAGUGGAGCAGUUCUUUCUAGAUGCUCUAUACCAAGUGAAACAGCAGAUUCUGAUGAACAGGAAGCAUUACAAGCAGAUAGCACAAGCUGCUUUCAAUUUAAAAAUGAGAACAGCAUGUGUGGGAAGAACAGAGUAUCCCAGAAUCAGGACCUUUGAUGGCAAAGAACACAGUACCAAUAGUGUGAAUCAGGAUCUCAUGGAGGCUGAAAAAUGGCCAAGUACUCAAAAAAAUGUGGAUAUUGGAGAUUUGACCUGGGAGCAAAAGGAGAAAGUCUUAAGAUUGCUUUUUGCAAAAAUGAAUGGUAUUACUGCUAGGAAAUACAAUCAGAGUUCUAAGCCUCCUGUUCCAGACUAUAUUUCUGACAGUGGAGAAAUGAAAGAAACUGGGGGAGAAAUUAACCUUCCAGAUGAAACCUUCAUCACCCAGCAAGUUCCAGUGUCAGACUCCAAUAAAAUGAUGUCACCGGGUAUUCCUAAAGGAUUACAGGACUCUGACAUAGGGCCGGAGAAAUAGAGCAGAAAAGAUGACUCCAUAGCAGAUACCAGCCAGUCCUUCCAUAUGUAAUCUUGCUCUGAAUAUGUUCAAGAAAAUUUCUCAAAGGAAAAGAGGAUUCCAACUCAAAAGUUACCUGUUUGCCAUAGAAGUUGGUGUCUCCCCUGAAGGAAGAUCGAGAACCGGUGAAGGAAAACAUCGGCAAAGGCACUGGAAUGGGGACGUUAACGCCCACCUGAAAAGAACAAAUGCGCUUCAAGUACUGACCAAAGGCUCAAACACAGAGUUCAAUUUUACUUUUUUUUUUUUGGUUUGUAGAUUUUGUUUGGUUUGGGUUUUUGGAGAUAGCAAUUUUAAGAAGUCAUCUUGUACCUUUUGCUCCACCCUAAGAACCUUUAUUCCUGAGGAAGGAAUGGGGAAUUAUGGGCAAUUAAAGGUACAGUCUUCAAACAA